UGCUUGAAAAAUUAUUGAUUAGAACUGUUCUACCACAUGUAUCUUGAUAUCUUGAAUCAUCCAAUAAAAAAAACUUUUACAUUAUUCAUUGUCAAAAAAGAUAUAUUAUUAUCUAAAUUUGGUUAAAAAUUUGGGAUGAAAAAAAAAUUGAUAAUUUUUAUUGUUUUGGAUGAAAAAAAAGAUUAGUAUCUAGGAUGGUAUGAUAGAUUUUUGAGUCAGACACCUCCGAAGCCAAUCAUAGGUCGAAAACUGGCACAAAUGAUUGAAAACGACAUGGAUUACUUAAUUUGGUGUUUUCUCGGGUUUAAAGCCCGUUCGAUCUUCGAAGAGGGGGAAAAAAGAAAAAAACUGGCGAACCAAUUCCCAUGGCCCUUCGAGGCUCCUCUGCCGCUAAAAUGAACAUUGAACGAAGACAAUGAUCUGCUGCGACAUAUUUUUCCUCUCCCUUUUCCUGAAUUUCUUUACAACCAACCACAAUCUCGAAUUGGCAAAUAGAUUCGACUGCCAAAUAUACACCCUCAAGUGUUCCAAUUUUCAAAUUUUCUGACAUGACCGUUAAGCUCAGGAACGUUAUUCCCAUCUUCUCUAGCAAACAACCCCUCCAAACCCCAAAAACAGUCUCUCCAACCUACUCUAAUCACCCAAUCAUAUGGAAACUUAAGAAAUGCAGUGCACCGCAGGACCUCCAAUCCAUCCACGCCUCCAUGAUCAAAACCAAUUCUCACCAACACCCUUUCUUCAUGAACCAAUUUCUCACCACCUGUUGCCGGCUCCACGAGAUCGAUUACGCCUUCCUGACCUUCACCGACGUGGCCGAUCCCAAUGUAUUCGUGUACAAUGCCAUGCUUGGCGGUCUCGUUGGCCAUUCCCAACCGAUCAGAGCCCUUCGAUUAUAUGUAGACAUGUCGAGAUCCCAUGUACUCCCCACAGGAUAUACCUUCUCCUAUUUGAUCAAGGCCUGCAUGCAAAUACCAGCUCUUGGGCUCGGGGAAGCUGUUCAUGGGAAGAUCUGGAGGUUUGGCUUCAGUUCCCAGCUCAUAAUUCAGACUGGAAUGGUAGAUUUCUACUCAAGUCUAGAUAAGAUUGAGGAAUCGAAGAGAGUGUUUGAUGAAAUGUCUGAAAGAGAUGUUGUAUCAUCAACAGUGAUGUUGUUAGGUUAUGCGCGUGCUGGGGAUAUGGACUCUGCGAGGAGACUCUUUGAAGAGAUGCCGCAGAGGAGCACUGUGUCGUGGAAUACUAUGAUAGGAGGGUAUGCAAGGGCCAGGGAUGUGGAGUCGGCUGCUUCCUUAUUCGAUGAGAUGCCCAACAAGGACUUGGUGUCAUGGACCACCAUGAUCUCUUGUUACUCUCAAAACAAGCAUUUCAAGGAGGCUGUCGAGACCUUUGGAGGAAUGAAGGCUGCAGGGGUCAGCCCUGAUGAGGUGACCAUGGCCACUGUCAUCUCAGCUUGUGCUCAUUUAGGAGCCCUCGAGCUGGGAAGGGAGUUGCACCAGUAUGCAUUGCUCAAUGGGUUUGAUCUUGAUGUUUAUAUGGGUUCGGCAUUGAUCGAUAUGUAUGCAAAGAGUGGGAGCAUAGAGAGAGCUCUAGUGGUUUUCUACAAGUUGGCAGAAAAGAAUUUAUUCUGUUGGAAUUCUGUCAUCGAGGGGCUGGCGAUUCAUGGGCAUGGAAAGGAAGCACUUGAUAUGUUCCAUAGGAUGAAGAAGGCUGGGCGGAUAUUCCCAAACAGGGUAACCUUUGUGAGCGUUCUUAGUGCUUGUGCUCAUGCUGGCUUCGUUGAAGAAGGCCGCAGGAUGUUUGCCAGCAUGAUUAGGGACUAUUCCAUCUCUCCAGAGAUGGAGCACUAUGGCUGCAUGGUGGAUCUUCUAGGACGUGCUGGUCUUUUACAAGAGGCACUGGAUUUGGUCCGGAGUAUGGUUAUGGAGCCGAAUGCAGUCAUCUGGGGUGCUCUACUGUCUGGGUGCAAAAUCUAUGGGAAUUUGGAGAUUGCAGAAGCUGCUGUGGAGAAGUUGAUGGUUUUGGAACCAAACAACAGUGCGCAUUAUAUGCUUCUAGUUAAUAUGUAUGCUGAAGCAAAUCGAUGGGGUGAGGUUGCGAUAGUGAGGGGGAUGAUGAAGGGCAGGGGAGUCCAGAAGAGGGGUCCAGGGUGUAGUUGGAUUGAGAUGGAUGGGGUAGUCCAUGAAUUCGCUGCUUCAGAAAUGUUUCAUCCCUCAAGUAAUGAGAUUUGCUUGUUACUGUUUGGAUUGGAUGGGCAGCUGAAGCUUGCUGGCUAUUCACUGGAAUUGGAUUUCAAUUCAUUAUUGUAGUGUGAAAUUUUUCUGGGAAACAUAUUUUUCUGUGCAAAGACAAGCCCUUAUAGUGCAGUGGCUUGCCAAAUUUCCCAAUGCCCUCUCUCUGGUAUAAAGAUACAAAAUUCACACCGGUGGUUAUUGGGGUGAUACUGGCAAAUUACUUCAUCACAGUACAACUGGUUUUCUCCUCUCCAAUCAGUAUGUUGAAUACUUUCAGGGCUUUUCAUUCUCUUAAGAUAAUGAAGAGUGUCUUCAAU